AGGGAGUGUCGCGGUGUAAUUGAAGGCGUGCUGUAGAGAUUAGAAUUGGGAGCUGUGAGUUGCCACGAGUUCGUGUGACGAGAGUCGAAGUUCAGUGGGGAAGGAACAACCCCUCUCGACAAAGGUGGUUUUUUUUCGGAGGGAUCAGCCGAAAGGAGAGCGCAACAAUUCUCUCUCUCCCUCUUCAGCACACGAAUCAUCAACAUUAUAGAUUUUCCGCUCAAGGGGUGGUGAACUGUGUGUUCAGUUCUCUCCAAACAUCCGACACAGUCAGGACGGAUCGGUUUUCGCAAGUUCUUGUGUGAAGACUUCAACUUCAAUGGAACAGCCUUUUCCACCCUGCAGCAGCCGCUUUCCACAGACUUUUCUACUUGCCAUGGAGUAAUGCUGUCGCCGCAUAGUUUAGCGUAUUGUGAUUACAAGAACGAAUUGACUCAUGUAGAAGGUUCUCGUGCUGAUAAACUGCAUCAUAUUCGCUCCUCUUUUGAAACUUUCAGUUUGUAAAUACACAUGAAGAUUGGUAUCAAGAAUAGAACGAUGAGAUUCCCAAAAGUGUCGCUGAAAAAAUGUUUCCUCUUCACUGUGGCCUUUGCCGUGUUGCUCCUGUUCGGAUUCACACUCAGGGAGAAGGAUCUUUGGACCAACAGGACGCAGCAUCCCCUGUUGUCGACAAAAACCCAACAGAACUCCGAAGAGUCUCACAAUUCCGCUCUGCUCACGCACGUACUUACAACGACAUCACACCCAAUGUACGAGGACUAUGACAGGGUGCAGGACUCGGACUCCCUCCUGCCGGAGGGUAACGGCCGGCCGUGGUACUUCUCCAAUGGGGUUCGAUGUCCGCUGCCUGCCAGAAUGAAUCGCAAGACGAAGAAGCGAGUCGCCAGGCUGUUUCCCUAUGAGGACUCCAGCAGCGACAGGAUCACGAAUCAACUCAUGUUCGUACCGCCGAACUAUGAAGAGAUCCAGCAGCAGGAGAAGCUGAAGACUAUCCUACUGUACAACGGCCUGGGCCCGUGGAAUGUACGUCAGGGCAGGGAUGUCUUUCUCAAUGCCAAAUGCCCCGUCAGCACUUGCUCUCUGACAUCAAAUCGCGAAUUCUCCAGCACAGCAGACAUGCUGCUCUUCAAAGACCACUUCAUCGCGCCCGGAGUGGUGAGGAAACCUCACCAGAUCUACAUGCUGUACUUCCUUGAGUGUCCCUACCACACGCAGAAUAUCAAGUUCCCCAGUGUCUUCAAUUGGACGGCCACGUACAGAAAGGACAGCGAUAUUGUGGCUCCGUACGAAAAAUGGGAAUACUUCGAUCCGAGGGUGAAACAAGUGGAGCAGGACAAGAAUUAUGCGCUGAACAAGACGAAAAAAGUGGCUUGGUUCGUGUCCAACUGUGGGGCCCGCAAUGGGCGCCUUCAGUAUGCACAUGACUUGCAGAAGCAUAUUCAAGUGGACAUUUAUGGUGCUUGCGGCAACUUCAAGUGUUCCCGCAGCACAUCGGAUCUCUGCUUUGAACUUCUCGAUAAUGAGUACAAGUUCUAUUUGGCAUUCGAGAACUCCAACUGUAAGGAUUACAUCACGGAGAAAUUCUUCGUUAAUGCUUUGUACAGAAAUGUUCUUCCAAUUGUUAUGGGCGCUCGUCCUGAGGACUACUUGUCGAGUGCGCCAUACAAAUCCUACAUUCAUGUGGAUGACUUCGCAUCACCCAAAGAAUUAGCGGCUUAUCUGCAUUUACUGGAUAAGAACGACGAUCUCUACAACUCCUACUUCAAGUGGAAGGGCACAGGGGAGUUCAUCAAUACGUUCUUCUGGUGUCGCGUCUGUGCCAUGCUCCACGACGAGGCGGCGCUGCAGAAGCCCAAAUGGUAUCCAGACAUCAACGAUUGGUGGCGCGGAAAGGGCGUCUGCACCAGCAACUCCUGGCGCAUCGGCCGUCACGAUAUCAUGAGCGACGAUUGAAGUGCACUGAAGUCACACUUAUCAUUGCCGAUGUGAGGAAUUAUGACUUGAAUUCUCAGCGUAUUUGGCUUCUUAAGCAUUCAACUUAUAUGUGCGCAUAUUCGACUGAAAGUCACAUAGACUUUGAGCGCCAUCAGAAAGAUAGACCUCAGUGCGGUCAGUAGGCAUUAGUUUGGCAUGAAAUCACUGGCAAAAGUUACUUAUUUUUGUGAUUCGAAUUAGUGGAAGAAUUGCCUCGAGUACAAAAAAAAAGUCAAAUAACACACAAACACACGCGAAAGAUCAGUGGAAAUGCAAUCAAUGGUUGAAGAAAACAAAUAUCUCAUAAUUUUUUUUUGUCUAAAGAAAAAUUAUAAAUUACUAGGUAUUAAGAAUUGAGGCAAAAAUUCGCGCAAUUGACUUUGCAAAAUACUGAAAGAGUGUAAUUGAUUCACGCGCAAAAUCCAAUGUGAUUUUUCUAUUCUUCUUUAUCUCGUUUUUUUUUUCCUAGGAAAAUAUGUACAUGUAAUUAUUUGUAUCUGUGAUAUUGCCCCCAAUUUUUUUGAGCCUUCUCAUUUUUGACCUCCAACUACAGGUAUUUAUCUCCCAAUUAUAUUUUUUAGUGUGGAAAAAGAGUCAAAAUGAAAUGACUUUCUAGGCAAUUUCAGUGCUGAAUGCGUGUAAAAUGUUGACACACACCAAAGAAUUAUAUUGUUGCUCGUAGAUGAUGUAAAUAGGAGAUAAUCAAAUUAGCAAAUAAAUUUGUAAUAC